CAGCAACAAACGACAGCGAGGUCCAAAAGAAUGAAAAACUGAAAAGAAAAGGACCUCCUAGGGUUUCAAAUCCUCCUCCCUCCCUCGUUCCAUGCAGCUUCGAAUUACGAUUCCACGAAUAUCGCUGGCAUUUCUCUUUCUUAUCAUUCUAUUGUUUACCUUGUUCCUUGUUCCUUGUUCCUUUCGCUAAUUCCGUCUCAGCAUAGCUAGAGAGAGGCGAAAGCUGUCUUUAACGACUUGCAUUCGCCGACGUAGGAAAGAUACAAUCAAGCCCGACGGAGCCGAUACUUUCUUGAAUGCUGCUGUCGCUGCCUCCACCACGUUUAUGGAUGUGGAGAUCAGCAGCGGCGGCUGGGGUAGCGUUAAUUUUCAGCCAUGCAAUUGCUCUUGCUCUUGCCCUUACUGCGGUUCUGGUUCUCAACCUUCUUCCCCCUUGCCCAGAGCCUUGAAGCGCAAGCUUGAGCAAAUGGAGGAGGACGCUCAGUGCGGGCGUCCGGAGGAUGUGGCGCGCGUCGAGAUCGAGAUAGAAGCGGCUGCUCUUCGGGAAGCCCUCGCAAACCAGCAGCAAUCCAUGCAGGUGCUCUGUACCGAGCUCGAGAAGGAGCGGGCUGCAGCUUCCACUGCCGCAUCCGAGGCCAUGUCGAUGAUUCUCCGCCUCCAACGAGAUAAAGCAGAGGCCCAGAUGGACGCACGUCAGUUCAAGCGCCUAUCCGAGGAGAAAAUGUCUCAUGAUCAGCAAGAGAUUGCUCUCCUUGAAGAUCUUCUUUUCAAGCGAGAAGAAGCUGUGCAAUCCUUGUCCUGCGAGCUCCAGGCUUACCGUCACUGUCUCCUCUCCUAUGGCAUCGACCCUGCCACUAUUGAAUCCAAUUCCUCCAACGCCGUCACCGCUGCGACCACCUCAACAGCCGCUGGGGACGGCGGCAAUGCCUAUUCCUCUCUCCGCUGUGAAUUGGCCGAUUUCAGGACAAAUGUUGUGGACCCGGAGCUCAAGUAUGCCGCCGGUGACAAACCCCGUAGUCCCAUUCAGCGCAUGCCUAGUAUCAUCAUGGAAAAGGGUGUAAUCGAAAAUAGCCAUUCACCCAGCUGGGCACAGCGGGCUAUGCGCCGGCUUUCCAUUGACAGUUUGGGUUCUGCUUCAUCCCGACAGGAGUUUGGAAGCACUGAGUUACCAUCCAUGGCAGAUUGCGCCUCUGAUGCAUGUACCGGUGUGAGGGAUGACAUAAGUGAUCGAGUGUGCACUAUUGAUGCCGUGCACGACGUGGAUGGGAUGUAUGAUAGGGCUGAUAUGAGCACGGCGAGGGACUUUUUAAGCAGGAGGGAUGCGGGUAAUAGAACUGUGGAUGAAGGAGAGGUUAAGAAGCUCUAUAUGAGGCUGCAAGCGUUGGAGGCAGACAGGGAGUCAAUGAAGCAGGUUAUCAUGACGAUGGGGACGGAUAAGGCACAGAGGAUUCUGCUUAAGGAGAUUGCUCAGCAGUUGUCUAAGGAGGUGGUGCCAGAGACGAGGAUUGUAAAGAAGCCUUCUUUAAUAAGGAGUUUCUCUAUAAUGUCGGUGGUUAAGUGGGUGGCAUCAUUUUUCUCUUGGAGGAAGAAAUCACCAAGGAUCAAGUACCCCAUUGGUUUAUCAAAUCAGAAGACCGGCUUAUUGAUUCUUCUGGACAAGUCCAAGCGCAAGAGGCUGAAGAGGUGUCUCACCAGACUACCUAGUUGAUUAUAAUCAUCACCUUCUCCAUGGGUACUGUAUUUUGCUUCAUAAAGUUCAUUGGCUUAUUAUAACUACAUAUUAAUUUCUUUUAUUUAUAAACCAGAAAUAGCUUACUGUAAGAGGCUAUUUUGUACAUUUUAUUCUAUUCUAUUUUUUGUUUGUUAAGAAUUAAGGAAACUUUACCUUAGCA